CUCAUUCGAAUCUUCUCGACGGGUCAUACCCGUUUUUUCCAUCGCGACCCGAACGCAGAGUUCGAGAGAGCUUUCCAUUGAAUAAACAGUAAAGAAACACUUUUAUUGUUUUCCUAUCAGGUUUUCCGUUCACGGCGAAUAACCAAUCUUCCAAUGCUCCGUUCCAACGGUAUCCGCCGGCUAGCUCCCCGCUACCUCUCCGCUCAGCUCCGGCCGAAUUCUGUUAGUAAGAAUUAUACUAAGGAAAAGUGCUACCUUCCUGACAUCCUUGUUAAUCCGGUUUCUGUAAAUGCAGAUAGGACUGCAAGAGAGUGGUACAGAAUACUUGGUGUAAAAAGUAAUGCAAGUGCAUACCUUUCCUGGGAAACUUCUUUUGCAAGGCAUCAACAAUUUUGCUCUGAAGCAGGGAGCAACAACUCAGAAGAAGGGCAAAAAAUUUCGGUAACAUUUGUGGACAAGGAUGGAGAAGAGCAUCAUAUAAAAGUUCCUCUUGGAAUGUCUAUGUUAGAAGCUGCUCAUCAAAAUGACAUUGACCUUGAAGGAGCAUGUGAAGGGUCACUUGCCUGCUCUACUUGUCAUGUAAUCGUGAUGGAUGUGGACUACUACAAUAAACUAGAAGACCCAAGCGACGAAGAGAAUGACAUGUUGGAUCUUGCUUUCGGCCUCACAGAAACUUCACGCCUGGGUUGUCAAAUAGUCGCAAAACCUGAACUCGAUGGAAUUCGGUUAGCCCUUCCUGCAGCCACCAGAAAUUUUGCUGUCGAUGGAUAUAAGCCAAAACCACAUUAAACACAUCUGUCAAAGGGCCUUUUUGCUCCAUAAUUAAUCCAUUUGAAGAAAAUGCCAAGCUUGGUAUUAUUCUUAAGCAAUCGGUAUAGAGAUGUAACGUUAAAACCUCCGUGUUUACUUCGUGUAUAGCCGAUGUAAGUCUCGAUCUCUCAACUAGACUGAUUGACUUAGCAAUAGUUAUUGUAUAGACCGUGAUCUACACAGCUAACAAUAAUUAUUUGCCUUGACUUAGUAUAAAUUUACUCGCAUUUGGAUAC